AUGGGUGGUCUUUGCGCCGUCAGCUUUCCCGCCGUAUACACCAUUCGCAUGAUUGAGAGAGCGCGAGAAAAAGCGAGACUUGCUCAAGAGGCGAAAAAGAGGUUGAGACAGAUUCCGCAGUCAUGUCUCGAUGGUGUCGAGGCCUUGCCGGUGGAGCUGUGGAGUCAGAUCAUUGGAUAUGUCUUGGACCCAUACUUGCUGCACAAAGAGCGGCAAUGCUAUGGCAUACGUAAGGUGCUAGAGAUGCGUCUCGUGUGUCAUACCUUUGACAAGGAGAUACAGCGGCUGUUACAUCAGCACCUGACUCUAUCCCAGCUGCCGUACCGUUCAUUCGUCGUAUAUGACAUACAGAAGCAAUCGAGCCUGGAUCGUUCCCUGCGCGAUACUCUUCUCGCAUCGGCGUUGUACCGCGAAACGCAGCUUUACUCUGGAGACGGCACUGCUCAAUUCAUGGCACACCGCAUCAAGAACUGCGUCCUUGUCGCCCAGCAUCUAUCAGCCGACUACAGCAUGCAGAACGAACAGUUGCUGUACGAAAAGCUUUGUGCCGUUGCUUCCGUGUCGCGCUGUUGCUGGAACUACAUCUUCACUCUCUGGUACGUUGGAGGCCAUGCGUUCAUCGAUGGUGUCGACGAGGAUGGUGCAUUCUCAAGGGAGAAGGAUAUUCUCUUGGAAAUAUCCUUAUUGUUGGCUAUUGGAUAUCAACUCGCAGAGGUCAAGCGAUGGAUGCUGAGGCUGAGUAGACUGGGCAUGUUGGUUGGCUAUAGGGAACAUGCUGUAAAGCGUCCUGGUAGUGCAUUUGAUGGUAGGAUCGAUGGUACGAUUGAUGUAUGCCGCUUUCCUGCCUGGGAUCGAGUGCUGCAAGGGGAAGAUGCUGGCUGGUUAGAGGCGGAGAUCGAGGAAAGUGUAACAGCGGCGAACGAAGCGCUUGACCGGGACGUCGACGAUGAGUAUGAAGAUCUAGAAAUACGAUUCAAUGUCUAG